AUGAGUCGCAUCUUCAUAACCGGGGUUUCCGGUUACAUCGGCGGUGAUGUACUAUAUAGGCUCUCCAAGUCCAACCUCGCUUCUAGCAUUGUGGCAUUGGUACGCAAUGAAGCUCGAGCGGGGCGUGUCAUUGAAAAAUAUCCCUCUGUUAUACCUCUGAUCGGAGAUUUGGAUUCUACCGCCGCGAUCCAAAACGAGGCCUCUAAAGCCGAUGUUAUCCUGCAUCUGGCGAGCUCCAACCACUUUCCUAGCGCUAAGGCCAUCUCCGAAGGCCUGUCCGAGACUGGAAGAAAGAGUCCAGUUUGGAUUCAGAUUUCUGGCGCGAGCCUGCUUUCUGGUCCCGAAAUUAUCAACAACGCUUAUGGCGAAGCGCGCCUGAAGGUGUAUAACGAUCUGGAGGGGGUUGACGAAGUCCGUGAUAUUAUCGCUUCAAAUCCGAAGCGGGCUGUCGAUAAUCUUGUGACGGGUCUUUCUGCCGACCAAUCUGGUGUUCGGACAGCUAUUAUUUAUGGACCCAUGAUUUACGGUCUCGGAAGAGGUCCAGUCAACCAGCGCAGUAUCCAACUACCCGAUCUUGCAAAGGCGACUCUGCAGCACGGCCAUGGUCUCCAUGUUGGAAAGGGCAAUUCCAUUUGGAGCAAUGUCCAUGUUUCGGAUAUAUCACGCCUAAUCCUCAUGUUGGUCGCAGAGGCCUCCAAUCUAAGUGGUGGCUCACUAUGGAACGAGCAUGGAAUUUACUUCCCAGAGGCAAGGAAACAAUCUUUUAAGGAAAUCGGGAGAAAGGUUGCUUCCUUUGCCCACUCGAAGGGUUUCAUCAAAUCGGCUCAUGUAGAAGCGAUCGAUGCUGGCACUGCUGAUCGCCUCACUGCCCACGGCGCGGUGCUUUGGGGAACAAAUGCGCAGACUUCAGGGUGCAGGGCACGUCAACUUGUUGGAUGGAAGCCGGAGGGCCCAAGCUUGGAUGAAGAAAUCCCCCGAGCCAUUCUGGCGGAGGUGGCUGCAAAAAAGGAUGCAUGUUCUCUAAAGCUAGCAUGA